AUGACCAGCCUGCGCCUGGCAGAUCGCAUCGUUUGCCCUUCCCGAGUUCCUUCCUUCCAUCGGCCACGGCCGUUUCUGGGACGGCAACGCGGCUUCCGCGGGCGCACCGCGGUGGCUGCGGCGCUGGGCGCUGCGGCGACGGCCGCACGGGCGCCAAAGAAGGCGGUGCCAGAGUGGGAGGCGGCACUGAGGCUGGUUGAGGCGGUGAACCAACUUCGAGGCAGUGAACUGGCAGAAAUGGAGGAACUGCUGGAGCUCUUGAGUUCCAUUGCUGUCAAGGACAAGGGCCUUCCUGUCUCCAAUGGGGAGACAACAUCCGGCAGGUCCGGCAGGGGCAAGUUCGUGCCCCCUAAAGGCGGGAGCUUUGGCCUGGCAGCCUACGGCCUACUUUGGGGCGCAUCCCAGUAA